UGAGGCACACUUGUGUCAUGCUCAACGAAAUCUGUAUUCGAAGCUGUUUUGUGUUCACGGGAUUUGGCCUGAAUGCAAAAAUCACACCAACCUGAAAAAAAUAAAUGUGUUGCCAUGUGUCUCUCUAUCUCAGCUGGGUCUUCUGGCAUCUUCGGUUUUGAAGGCUCCAACACUGGACGAGGUCCUUGUAGUCGUUGCUGUAGGUAGUUGUGUGCGGAAUCAACAUCCUUCUAUAGCUACUCAACCUGCCCAACGACUUUCUCUUGGCCCCGCCUCCGUUCAAGCCUAAAGAUGUACAAACUUCCUGAAGCUCUUUCAACUUAUUACAUGGUGUGGAUGAUUUAAAAAAUCGACCAGUAUCCAAGGGCACACAUACCACAAAGAUACUUAUACAAUUGAACAAUACUGAUUCAAGAGGAAAACAUUCUGUCAGAAGCUGUGAUUUUUUCAAACUUUCCUUGAGUAAAGAAGGGGUCCCAUACCCACAAAAUAGUUCAAUUAGGGGAAAAAACAUAUUUGCUGUGACGAUGUUUCAGGAUCUAUAUUCUGGUUUGGGUAUUUUUCCAGGGGUCCGAGGAAGAGAAUGCUAUUGAAGACCCUUCUUUGGGACCUGGGAGCUGAAGUGGGUCCUGUAGUGCCAGACCAAGACUUUGCCGAAGAGGAUGAAAUGACAGAGUCCCCUGCAAAAGGUGGCUAGGACGAGUCAGGUUUGCAAAACAUUGGCCAAUGUUCUUCGUUAAAGUGGCUUGCAAUCCUUUGAGCCUCAGCAUGAUUGCGAGGCGCAUCUCUUGGAUCGUGUGCCGAAAGUCCUUCCCCGCAUGAAGGCUUUCGCGUCAAUGGUCAGGUGCGAGGAGCAGUUGCUGAGUAAACACCGAGUUCUGGGCCCAGUGCUUCCAGUGAAUGAGCAACAGCUUUUCGAACAUGAGUUGUCGAUGGCAAAUGCUGAAUUCCAUCUUUCGGCUGCUCGCCAAUCUCGACAUGCCCUGUGGUUCGAUUUCCAGAGCCGUGCGUUGGUGGCCUCGAAGGGUGAGGACGAAACAGAAGAUGGUAAGCCUCUCCGGGAGAUUGACCGUUUGAAUCCAAGCUGCUUCACCAAUUCCGAAAAUGAACGAGUUUGCCAGGUACUUCUGGUCCGUCCAUGUCUUGCAGGGGGCGACAGCGGUCCUUUACGAAUUGGAGCUUUGACUCGGCUGCCACCACGUUACAUGUCAGGCUCCUCACACCCCAAGGGGAAUCGUCGGAUGGCUGGGAGCUGUGCGCAGCUUCUGCCAUCGCACCGGUCUUCCCUUUAGACCCUCACAGUGGUGCCUUGCUGGCCGAGGUAAGGCGUGAACACCUCCGCUUUGAGUACACUGCGAAGUUGGAGGAGCACAAGGGCAUGGUGAAGCUCGGCAAGAGCGACGUUGUUGUGACCUGGAGCGAAUUGCUGGCACGGGCGCCUUCGUACUUUAGAACAUAUUUGAAAGGAAGCGAAUACUUCAAGAAAAUGUCUAAAGAGGCCCAGUCCACACCGCAUCUGGGAAACAAUCAUGCAUGUAUUUGUUUUGCUUAUUCCUGCAGUACUUGACCUCCAAGCUACCAAUGGAAUACCUUACACAAUACACUGGGGAAAUAGUGAAGAUAUUGUUGCCUUUUUAUUCCUGAAGGUAUUGACCUCCAGGAUGCCCAUGGAAACUAAUUACCACAGCAACUCAGAAAAACACACACUUAGGUUUAUGAAAAUAUAGUAUAAUACAAUAAAACAUAUAAAUGUUCACAGAUCGAAUAGAUAUGUUUUUCACACUGAACCAAUUUGAACCAGGUACGGCCGCUUGGUCAUGAGGGAGCUGCGUGCAGUAGCCCCUGCUCCAGGGACGAUUCUGCAAAGUUUCGCCGGUGGCUGAUCCAGCUGUACAGAGAGUCGGAGCAGCCUGUGAUGGCGACAUGACGUCACAUGAGGUGAUAUGACGUGAUUCUGUCAUACAGCAUCUUUUAGAUACAGAUGAGUCGAUGUUUUCGUUCCGCAUCGUUCCGCAGAUUCACGUUUGUUUGAACGACACUCGAAAGGUUCGAAGAUAUUCAAAGACUCGCCAGCC